GCCUGCGCAAAGCGCCUCCAAAGAUGGCGGCGCCCAGGUUUGAGCGGAAGAGCCUUUUUUGCUGACGGUUUUUCAGUGACAGGUUUGUCCCAAUUAGGAGUAGCAGCAACGGAGACUCCCUGACACAUGUUACAGAAUGUGGAUCCCUUACCACAGAUUCUUCACAUGUUCUUCAUGCUGGAGAAGACAGUUAAAUGGAAUCGUCAACCCAGUGAAAUGGCGGAAUACAUUAGUGCCAAAUUGUAUCAGAUCUAUUUAUAGUGAGACAGGGAAGUGGAAGAAAAAGUAUGGAUUGGAGACGAGGAAGAAAGUUGAAAGUUGGUGGCAUUCAAGAAUAAAGGAACAGUUCCAGAACAUUGGCAAAAUAGAUAAAUCAAGACCAAAGUUUUAUGUCCUUUCAAUGUUUCCUUACCCUUCUGGAAAACUUCACAUGGGCCACGUUCGAGUCUACACCAUCAGUGAUACAGUAGCACGGUUUCAGAAAAUGAGAGGAUUACGGGUGAUAAAUCCCAUGGGAUGGGAUGCAUUUGGAUUACCUGCAGAAAAUGCAGCAAUUGAACACGGAUUGCAUCCAGCACAAUGGACACAAAGCAACAUUCAACACAUGCGGAAACAGCUUGAUGCCUUAGGUCUUUCUUUUAGCUGGGAUCGGGAAAUAGCCACUUGUUUCUCAGAGUACUAUAAGUGGACACAAUACAUUUUUCUUAAACUUUAUGAAGCUGGAUUGGUCUAUCAAAAUGAAGCAAUGGUUAAUUGGGAUCCGGUGGACCAGACUGUUCUUGCUAAUGAACAGGUGGAUGAAAAUGGCUGUUCAUGGCGUUCAGGAGCAAAAGUGCAAAAGAAGUACCUCAAGCAGUGGUUCAUUAAAACAUCUGCCUAUGCAAAGUCCAUGCUUGAUGGUUUGUCAGAUCUCCCUAAGUGGUAUGGAAUAAAAGAAAUGCAAGCCAAUUGGCUAGGAGACUGCACUGGAUGCUACUUUGAGUUUAUUUUGAAGGUUAAUAACAAAUCAACAGGAGAGAAAAUAGCAGCCUUUGCAUAUGUACCUGAAGCCAUUUAUGGUAUGUCUUAUUUACAUAUCUUACCUGACCACAGACUGUUACAUGGAAAUAGCAGUCUAAAGGAAGCCUUCCAGAAGGAUUUGAUACCAGGCAAAGAGUCUCUUACUUCAGUGACAGCUAUGAACCUGCUUACCAAUCAGGAGAUCCCUGUAGUCAUAUCAGCAAAAUCAGAGUUUGAAGGCUACCUUGAUGCUAAAAUAGGAAUCCCUUGCACUGAAGCAGAUGAUGCUAAAGUUGCUAGGAGUUUGGGCCUGUCAUUUGAAGAAGUUAUUGAAACUCUGUCAGAUGGCUCACAGAGACUGAUCCACUCUGGAGAGUUCACAGGUAUGAGUAGACAACAAGCGUUAAAUGCAAUCACUGAGCAAGCCAAAAAUAAAGGAGUAGGAGGAUACCUAACAAGUAAUAAAUUAAAAGAUUGGCUGAUCUCCCGACAACGUUAUUGGGGAACACCUAUUCCAGUUAUUCAUUGCCAGUCCUGUGGUCCUGUGCCUGUGCCGUAUGAGGAUUUACCUGUACAGUUGCCCAAUAUUGCAUCCUUUACAGGCAAGGGUGGCUCACCAUUAGCUUCAAUUUCAGAUUGGGUCAACUGCUGUUGUCCAAAAUGCAAGAAACCUUCAAGGAGAGAAACAGAUACCAUGGAUACAUUUGUUGAUUCAGCUUGGUAUUAUUUAAGAUAUACUGAUCCCCAUAACACUGAGAGAGCAUUUGACAAAGACUUGGCAGAUCAUUGGAUGCCUGUGGAUCUGUACAUUGGAGGAAAGGAACAUGCAGUGAUGCAUUUGUACUACGCCAGGUUCAUUAAUCAUUUUUGCCAUGAUCAGAAGAUGACUAAGCAUAGAGAGCCUUUUCACAAGCUCUUAGUUCAAGGCCUUAUCAAGAAUCGAACAUUCAGACUAACAACAACUGGUAAAUAUUUGAAGAGAGGAGAAGUUGACCUUACUGGUCCUGAACCUGUUCAUAUUAAAACCAAAGAAAAUCUGCAGAUGAUGUGGGAAAAAAUGAGUAAAUCUAAGCACAAUGGCAUAGAGCCUGAAGAAAUGGUCCAGCAAUACGGAAUUGACACAGUCCGACUCUACAUCCUAUUUGCUGCACCUCCGGAGCAAGACAUUUUGUGGGAUGUGAAAACUGAUGCAAUCCCUGGGGUGCAAAGAUGGCAAUCUCGCCUCUGGCACUUAGCAACCAAACUUAUUGAAGCCAGGAAUUCUGGAACGUUGCCCAGUCCUCAGCUGCUGAAUCAGAAAGAGAAAGAUGAAGCCAAACGUAUUUGGAAGCAAAAGAAUCAUGCUGUCUCACAGGUGACUGAGUACUUCUUGGAAGAUUAUUUGUUUAAUGCUGCAAUUUCUCAACUGAUGAGUCUCAGUAAUGCAUUGUCACAAGCGUCUCAAAGAGUUAUUCUCCAUAGUGCAGAAUAUGAGGAUGCCCUCGCAACACUCUGUGUUAUGCUUGCACCAAUGGCACCGCACAUCAGUUCUGAGAUCUGGAAAGGUUUAUCUCAUGUUCAAAACAAACUUUGUAGUCAUCACCGUUGGGACAUCGAAGUACUGCAACAGUCUUGGCCUACUGUGGAUCCAGAAUACCUUCGGCAGCCAGAUGUAGUGCAGGUGUCUGUUCUGAUUAACAACAAGCCCUGUGGUAAAGUUGGGGUGCCUCAGCAUAUAGCCCGAGAUGCAGAAGCAGUCCGUGAACUGGUUGUUCAAAGUGAGCUGGGCACUGAAUAUCUUCAGGGACGUACAAUUACAAAGUUCUUCUUAUCUCCUCGAACUGCCCUCAUCAACUUCCUCAUUCAAGAGUAGGGGACAGAGACAUUUCUGAAACUGCUUAUUUAACUUUGCCAGAUGAAUUUCAUCAAAAUAUUUUUUCAUCAGACUUGGUCAGGUACAGAUAUGGAAGUAUGGACAUAGCCUUAGAGACAUAUUUACAUGAAGAGAGCUCCUAAUUGAGGAGACAUGCUGACUGAGCAGGUUCCAGAAGUUAGCAGUACCAGUCCAUGUUCUCACACCAUACAUUUGUUGAUUUGCAUAGAUCAGAGGACAUGUAUCCCCAUUAUCACUUUCCAUGAAAAUGAAAAACACUUUGACACAUAAGGAUCAUGCAUACUUUCUCAGUAGAAAUGGAAGCCAUCCGAUGUUACUUUCCCACUUGAGCAGAGAUGCUAUGAGGCAAAAGAGAGAAAGGAAUAUGGGUUAAAAUAAAGAACUAAGUCAUCUAAACUGAGUGAAUAUAAGCAGUGCUGCGAACAUUUCUCUGGAAAUCAUGUACAGAAAAUAAACUUUGUUUUUUAUCGAA